UGCGCAAGGUGCCUCACGCGUCUUUCAAAUAUCUCCAGGGACGAGUGGACCGAUACGCGAUGAUGUAUAUAGUUAGGCUGCGCCACAGAAAGAAAUUGGCAUAAACGCCAAUACUAUUGCUCUUCCUGGAUGUAAGGGCAAGGAUGGUUUCACCCACGGCUACUGCGCAUGCUCGAACAGAGAGGCCACCCACAAGCUCAACAAUAGGGGUUGUUGUAGGGGGAGCUACGUCUGAAAAGAGGCUGAUGAGGCUUUGACCCCACUCUUUCCCCUCCCCCCCAACUCUAUUCCAACCCCUUCGUUCCCCGUCAAUUCAGGAUCCUUGAUUUUCCAGGCCCUAUGGAUUCCUGCUCUGAAGACGGCUAGAAGCCUCCUACAUGUGCCUUGAACUACCAUGACAUCAUGGCAAGAUUUCGCAGGAGAACGUGCGUCAUUCUAGUGCUUUUUAUUUUGUUUAUUUGCUCCAUAAUGAUGGCUUUGAAAACACUGAGACCUGAAAGAGCUGGGUUUGGUGAUCCAUUUGGCCUUGGCCUUUUACCAGAUUUUCAACAGCGGACUACACAUUUAAAAAAUAAGUUCAAUGUGCAGAACGAAGCUCAAGUAGAUAGUUUCACGCACACAAAAAAUGUGCACCCUUUGACAAUGAAUAUAAAAAACCCUACAGUUUCAGUAGGGAAACCAGAAGAAGAGCUCCCUUCUCCAAACUACAACUUGCAUGUGUUUUACUACUGCUGGUUUGGGACUCCACAAUUUGAUGGAAAAUAUAUUCACUGGAACCAUCCAUUGUUGACACAUUGGGAUCCCAAAAUUGCAAGCGGUUAUCCAAAAGGAAGACACACCCCUCCAGAGGAUAUUGGAUCCAGCUUCUAUCCUGAACUUGGGGCUUACAGCUCCAAAGACCCUUCUGUAAUACAAGAUCACAUGAAGCAGAUGAGCUCAGCUUCUAUUGGUGUAUUGGCUCUUUCUUGGUACCCACCUGGUAUGGCUGAUGAAAAUGGAGAGCCUGCUGAUGACCUGGUGCCAGUGAUUUUGGACAUUGCACAGAAGUACAAAUUAAAGGUCACUUUCCAUAUUGAGCCAUACAAAGAUAGAGAUGAUCGCAGUAUGUACCGCAAUGUCAAGUAUAUCAUAGACAAAUAUGGAGCCCAUCCAGCCUUUUACAGGCAUAAAGUCAGUACAGGUAGAACCCUUCCCAUGUUUUACGUUUAUGAUUCUUACAUAACAAUCCCUGAAAUGUGGGCAAAUCUGCUUACUGUCUCAGGAUCCCACAGCAUACGCAAUACACCUUACGAUGGCUUAUUCAUUGCCCUUCUUGUGGAAGAAAAGCAUAAGCAUGAAAUCCAUAGAAGCGGCUUUGAUGGAAUUUAUACAUAUUUUGCCACCAAUGGCUUUUCCUAUGGCUCAAGCCAUCAUAAUUGGCCAAGUCUAAAAGCCUUUUGUGACACAAAAAACUUAAUGUUUAUUCCAAGUGUGGGCCCAGGCUAUGUGGAUACCAGCAUUCGCCCAUGGAACAGCCACAACACACGGAACCGUGUCAAUGGCAAAUACUACGAGACUGCAUUCAGCGCUGCACUUCUGGUACGACCUGAAAUAAUUUCUGUCACUUCUUUCAAUGAAUGGCAUGAAGGAACUCAGAUUGAAAAAGCCAUUCCAAAGAGGACCGGAAAGACAAUUUACCUGGACUAUCAACCACAUAAACCAAAUAUUUAUCUGGAGCUCACUCGUAAGUGGUCUGAAAAAUACAGCAAAGAAAAAGAGCAGUGGCUUAUCUGAGGUGCUACUCCACUUGGCGAUUCCACAAUGAACCCAACAAUGUGUCUCACUGAUAAAUCGAGUGCAUUUUAACUUGUGAGUAUGUAGUCUGUGCACUAUUUGCUAUAGCUUUGUUCAAAGAAAAUGAUAAUGCAGUGCUAAAUACUGUGCCUGUUGAUGUUCUGUAUAUUACCAGUGCAUUGUCUAGAAUAUUUGAUUGAUGACUCAAGUAGAAUGAUACAGAGCUUAUUUCAAUUUGGGUCGCAAUCUCAAAUGGUUGCAUACGAUUUCUGCACCCAACUGGGUUUCUGAAUUUCCACUUUCCAGAAAAAAAAAUCCCUUACAUUUCCCCUCAAAGCAAGAAAACUUCAGAAGCAAUUUCCAGUGCAUUGUGAGGAGCGGUGACUAGUAAUAUAACCCAAACAGCCCCUGGUGCUCAAGUGGAAGCUAAGUUGUGCACCUAAGCACGUUCCUUACUAAUUCAUACUCCUUGAAGCAACUGUAAAAAAAAAAAUUACAACGGUUUCUUAAGGACUAUUUUGUAUGUUGGGCAUGAAACAGCUUAUCCAUUGGAAAAGAACAACUAAGGAACAUUUCAAUGCAAGAACGACUUUAAAAAUGUAUUGGAGCUGCAGAAGAACAGCCUGCUUUUCCUGGGCAGUUCCCAUUCACUGCAGUAUAAACAGCAGGAGACGGUGGUAGGUGUCCACGAGGUAUAUCAUAUAUUUUGUUAACUUCAUAGAAAUUUAUAUUUGCAUUCACAUUGGUAGAAAUAAUGAGUGAUCUAAAAUUGUAGUGAUACUCAUAAUUAGUAACAGUUUCAGUUAUUUUUCAAGACAAGUUUACUAAUUUUUGUUGGGCUUCUUGUUAUUUGUGCGCGCACACCAGCUUUUACGUAAACUAUGUCAGCAGAAGUAGAACUAGGAAAGCAUCAAACUGUCUCGAAGGGAUGAUCAGUACAAAUAAAAAGAGAAGUAUGUAAGUAACAUAAUUGCACCCGCUUAGCAUGUGCAGAAAUAACAUCUGCUCAUGUAUAGAGGGAAAGGCAGCUCCUUACAGGGCAUCGCUCUAGAGGGUUCAAUGAUCAUGAGGAGAGGGGACUGCCCUUUGAAAGGCAGCUUUUAAAAGUCCCCAUAUAUGAGCGGAGCACUCACUGAUUUGGAUGCCAGCCAUUGACAUCAUUUUCAAAGAAGAAAAAUGUUUUUGCAUUUUUUAGAAUAUUUAGCAAGAUGUAACCUUUUUGGAGUACAGGCUCAGAAAAUAAAAAUUCAGAACAGCAUAAAUUGUCAGUCAUGAUAGUUUGUACAAGAUUAAAAAUUUCUUUUCAAUGUCCUUUUUCCAUUGUUAAUGUUAAUAUUUGUUUCCAUAUGAAAUUGGAGAAACCAAUUAAAUAGUAAGGAUGGAGUGUGCCCAACAUAAAAGCCAUCCAAAUCAUAUCAUGAUCCUUCACUUGCAUUAAAAGUUGGUACAGUCUUAUUAACGAA